CAACUUGACUUUUGUUUCUGCUAAAUCCAUUAAUUCAUUCAUUAAUCCUCUCCAUCCAUCCAUCCUUUCUCUUCCAUUUUAUCCCAAUCUUAUUCUGUUUCUUUAAUGGGUUGGUCUUGUAAACUCUUCAGAUAGACUCAACUGAUUGAUUGAUUGAAGAGCUCAUUUCAAGUUCGAUACAUAUAGCCAUGGGGCAGGUGAGUCCAUUGGUGGGGAUGGUGAAGGGGAAGGGGAAAGAUGAUCUUGAAUUGGGGCCGCCAUGGUUGAAACCAAUGUUGAAGGCGAAUUAUUUCUCGAGCUGUGAGGUUCAUGGCGAUGCUAAUAAGAGCGAGUGUAACCUCUACUGCUUGGAUUGCAUGGGAGAUGCUUUUUGCUCUUACUGUUUGGUUUCGCACAGAGACCACCGGGUUGUUCAGAUACGGCGAUCUUCGUACCACAAUGUGGUGAGGUUGAAUGAGAUCCAAAGGUACAUAGACAUUUCUUGUAUUCAGACUUAUGUUAUCAACAGUGCCAAGAUAUUGUUCCUGAACGAAAGGCCCCAACCUCGGCCCGGCAAAGGAGUCACCAAUACUUGCCAAAUCUGCGGCCGCAGCCUCGUUGAUACUUUCCGUUUCUGUUCCAUUGGUUGUAAGCUUAAUGCAAUGAAACGGGGCGACCAGGAGCUGACAUUCACUCUGAGGACGAAACAGAUGAACCGCGAUGGAUUUUCAGGCUCGGAGUUAUCUGAUGAAUCUUCGACACCAAAGAAGAACCGCAGAGAUUACAGUAUAUUCAAUCAAAUUCGGGCACUCUCCUACAAGCCAGGAGAUGAGAUCGUCACUAACAUCAUCUCCCCGGCUACUCCGCCCAUCUUCAACCACCACAAUUCCCGGAGGAGAAAAGGCAUUCCUCACCGGGCUCCCUUCUGAUAUGUCACACCCAGGCCAGUGGCAAUUAUAGAUGCAUAAUGUAUAUAAUUUGCGUUUGGGGUUCAGAUGCUGCAGUUAAAUGUCAUAAUCACCCAAGUCGUGAAGAAUAUUUCAUAUACCCAUAUAUUGUAGAAAGUUAGAUAUGAUGAAAGAAAAGAUACAGUAAAGUAAAAAAGAUAAAAAUAAAAAUGUGUAUAUACAUACAUUUCAAUUAUACUCUAGAUUAGGUUAUAGAAUACCCAAUGCCGCUUUCCUGGCUUUUAAGUUGUUUAAUUUGCAGGUUUUAGUGAUAUCCUUUGCUUUGAACCUUAUAUGUAAAGUUACUAUUGCCUCAUCAUGGUAUAUAUAUAUGCUGUC